CGUCGCGAUCAGACGAGUGAAAAAAUAAAGAAGAAAAUCGCUCGCGACGUCGUCAAAAGGUGUGUGUGGAAAAAAAACCUCUCUACCACUAAUCGAAACGGGUCAUUCGAGGAAAGAAAAAAUGUUUCAAUCCAUCGCGACGAGCUGGAAUCGGUUUUAGGAAGUUCCGUUCAAGUACUGGCCAACCCGUCGGGAGUUCCGUUUGCGUGCGUAAUCGUGGUUCGGGGGUUUUGAACGGCUUUCCGGAAGUUUUGAGGAGUUUGAGGCUGUGAGUUGCAACUUUUUUUUUUUUCUUUUCUUUCUCUUCGUUCCAUUUGUGGAGAGUGUAGUGAAAACGCAAAGAAAAACCGCUCCCCAGGGCCUCCUCUGAUCGCGUCUCUGCUGCUGCAAGACGGAUCAUUUUGGGAGUCUUUUCUCGGUGGUGAAACAGCUAGUGAAUGAAACGCGAAUAGAGAAGAAAAAACGGUGAAGAGCCGCAGAAGCCAACAUCUGAGAGUCCCACUGUGUGUUUUUGGUGCGUCAGCAGCGAUUCUUCGCUGCUGCUUUUCCUCCCGCUUGCUUCUGCUGCUGGCUGCUGGCCUGUUUCCGUGCUGAGCUUCUUUUUCUUCCCAUCACCCCUCCCCCCAUUUCGGAACAAUACUGUGCAUUUUUCGGGGGAGGCAAUCUUCGGAAGGAUUCGAACAUCUUGUAAGGAAUUUUGUGGAUUACCCUGCCAGGAAUUCCUGCAUCCACCACGAACACAAUGGAAAUCCUCAACUCGUCGACGACGUCGCAAGUCAACGGAAUAACCGCAACGACACCCCGAAAGAAGGAUAUCGAUCCGAAGGAGAACCUCUGGUCGGCAAUUCUCAGUGAAGUACAAACACAGAGUAGUACCAAACUUCCCUCAAACAAAUCAGUGCUCGUGUUGGGUGACAAUGCGAGCGGCAAAACGACACUGAUUGCAAAGCUCCAGGGCGUUGAGGAUCCGAAAAAGGGUUCCGGCCUUGAGUACGCCUACAUAGACGUCCGGGACGAAUACCGAGAUGACGUCACCCGGCUCGGAGUGUGGAUAUUGGAUGGCGAUCCCGGGCACACCAACCUGCUCAAGUAUGCACUAAACGAGACCAACUACGCACACACACUGGUCAUUCUGACGUUAUCGAUGACGACGCCGUGGAGCUGGGUGGACCAGCUGGAACACUGGAUCAAGAUGCUGGACGACCACAUAGCGGGGCUGAAAAUCGACCCGGAGGAACGACAGCAGUGCCGCCAGAGGCUGGUAACGGUGUGGCAGAGCUAUUGCGACACGAUCGACGAACUGGACCCCGGGUCCCCCAUCAAGCGAACCAAUCGUCUCUCGUCGGUGGACGACGACCUGGAUGCGCUUCCCCUUCCCGAAGGUGUACUAACGACCAAUUUGGGCUUAGAUGUAGUAGUUGUUGUGACGAAAACCGACUACAUGACCACCCUGGAGAAGGAGCUCGACUACCGAGAUGAGCACUUUGACUUCAUGCAGCAGUGGAUCCGACGGUUUUGUCUGGUGUACGGUGCGUCGCUGUUCUACACCAGCGUGAAGGAAGACAAAAACUGCGACCUGCUCUACAAAUACCUAACGCAUCGAAUCUACGGGUUACCGUUCCGUACACCGGCACUCAUCGUCGAGAAGGAUGCCGUUCUAAUACCCGCUGGCUGGGACAAUAUGAAGAAGAUUAACAUAUUGUACGAAAACAUGCAAUCGUGUAAACCGGAUGAUUACUACAAUGAUAUUAUUGCACAACCGCCUUCUAGAAAGACUGUGUCCAAUCGAGAGAUUGAAGUUCAGACCGAGGAGGAGCAGGCAUUCCUCAGCCGGCAGUUGCAACUGCUGCAGCAGGGCCAGACGCCGACGCGCGGUGAGUCGCCGAUGCGGUCGCAGAACAGUGCGAGCAAAACGUCCCCACGGACGCCGGGGUCGGCCGGUGCGCAAGGAUCUCCCAAAAAGGUCGAUGGCAAGCUCAACCCAGGCACUCCCAGCGGCGAGGGCGUGCUGGCCAACUUCUUCAACUCGUUGCUGCAUAAAAAGUCCGGCUCGCCAGCCGCUGCCAGCUUAGCGGGUACCGGGGUAUCUCCGAGGGCGACCAACGGCGGCGAUAUGGUGACGGCCAGCGAGAAAAUUUCCAUGCGAACUGACGCUGCCAUGGAGUUGGACCGUUUGGCGCGAAGCGUCAAGAAGGACCUCGACUUUCCAGCACAGACCGAUUGUUAAGUUGUAGAGCAGCGAAAUGAAACCGAAAACUGUGGAUAACCUUCUAUGAAACCACACAUACACAUACACACACAUUCACCCACGUGGUAACAUACGGUGAUAUAAAUGUCAAGCCUUUUGCGCUAGGGUUUGCGAAAUCCUUAUCAGAGUGGGGGGAAGAUCUGUGCACGUCGUGUGAUAUUUUGCUUUGAUUGGCUUGAAAUCGUACGAAGCAGUGGGAUGUGGUAUCGUUACAGCAUGCAAGGAAGGACGGAUAGCGGAAUGGACGGGAUUGAAACGGGAACUGGAAUGGAUGAAAGAGUUGGUUAGGAUUUGAUAAGGCCGAGUUGGAGUGCGUAUCGAUUCUAUACUCGCUCUCUCUCUUGAGUGAGCAAAAGUAGCGUAUGUGUGUGUUUGGGGGGGAAAUGCUUAUCAAAAACCACUUUUAGUAGUAAGAUAGGCCGAGCAAGUGUAGCGAGAUUAAGUUGAUAGAGAAAGUUAAAUAAAACAAACUAAACAGAACACUGGAUGAAUGUCUCUUUCUGCUUCCGCUUGUUGGUGCUCUCACAGAAGACAUCUUAUUUCCCAAGUGAUGUGGAUGUACCAAAGUUUGGGCUUUCAUGAGUUGUGGAUGAACAAAUUUGAUCUUUUCCGAAAUGAUUGGCUUUCAAAAGCUUAUUGCACGCUUCCAGUUGAUUUUAAGCUAGUGGCAUUAACUUGUGGGCAGCAGAAAGAGAAAGUAUCCUCGAGAAAGAAUGCGUAACGCAAGUGAGAGUAAUACAUUACUAUUAAUUAAAAAAAAGAAAAACUAACUUAUAUCGAAUUGAUAAUAAUUUGCAGCUUAGAGAUGGUUAAACAAUUAAAAAUAACUUAACUUAUAGAACAAGCAACAUUUAUCCAUUGUAAUUCCUCAUUGAACAAAAUCAAAAAAAAAAGAACGAUAAUGCAAAUCAAGCUAAUCGCGAGAAGCGUCUUUCCUAAUUUUGUCCAUUCGUUGUUAUCUAAUGUGUACCAAUCCAAGGGACAAAAUCUUUUUUGUAAUAAUCCGUUUCACACUGUUUUUUUUAAUCAUUGAUUCCGUUGGAACUCAAUCGUACUCCCUAAUUAUUUCGAGACCCAGUACCAAGAUUUUUAGUUGUUGUAGGAGAAGUUGGGGAAACCAUUUGUGCAGUAUUUAUAAAUGUUACACUAGCGAAUCGUGAGAGUAAACCCCCCAUUAUACUGUCCAUUAUUUUUUACGGAAGCAAUUUUCGCCGGCGUGGUUUUGUUGUAAAAAUUUCCAAUUAGCUCAAGGAUGAAGGAUUCGUUUAUAUUAAUUUAGAGCAGAGUAUUUUUAUCGAUUUUUUGUUGAAAACAAAAAAAUACGUUUAAAAGAUCCGACACACUGCUAGGGCGGAGCAGUCGUACCGAUUGUUCUUAUUUAUGUGACUUUACAGCUUAAAUGGAAAUUAGUGCUAACUUAUACUGAGGAGAGCUCAUGCUAAUAACUCACAAACAGACGUAGCAUUGUAACACACUGUUUUCCUAAUAGGAAAACGUAUCUAUUAGUAAACUCUACUACCAUACUGCAUCAAGAGCAACGCAGCGAAGGGAACCAAUUGGUCUUACAUAGAAAAAUAAAUCCAAGAACACUACUAAGGUCGUGUAAAAUGAAUUAUUGCAAAAAA